CAGCCAUCGUAUAAAAAGGUUCCAAACCUCCUUCUCCGCCUUUUCAACAGUUUCGCACUUUGUUGGCUUCUGCAACUGUCAACUCUCUCUUGUCCCCCUCUCUCUCUCUCUCUCUCUCUCUCUCUCACCUAGCCUAGACACUGCCCGAAAAACCCUAAUAUCUCAACCAGUAUACUCUCCCUCUAAAAAGCAAGCGAGAAAUCAAAGAUUCCAUUUCAAAACCCUCCUUUGUGGCUAGCUCAAGAUUCUGGGCCCAAAUUCACUCCCCUUGCAUCAGAUAUUUCAGCUCCAUUAGCAUAUAGUUCGACCCCAUUUCUUAUCAGUCUAGGAUAAUCGCAGUGGCAGCAACUGUGCCUGCUUGUUCUGCCGGAGAGAGAGAGAGAGAGUGAGUGAGUGAGUGAGUGAGUGAAGUUUUGAAGGGGAAAUUGGGGAUUCUAUUGACCUGUGGGAUCGGGGGAGGGAUGGUGAUGGCGGAUAAUGAGGGUGCUGGGGACGAUCACGGUAACAAGGAAGUGGGUGGGCCCAAGUCGCCUUGGAAGACUCCGGUGGCUGUCGAUGCAGAUGCUCCCGUAAUGAUUGGCGUGGAGGAGUGUUGGCCUGCUCUUUCUGAUGCGCAGCGACCCAAGAUUCCCGAUGAUGCCGCCCCCACUAAGCCGCCGAUUGCUUCUCCUGCUCCUCCAGUUCUGCAGGGAUCAGUUGGGCAGCAAAAAUCACAUGGGUCUGGAAAUCCUAAUCCUUCACAUAAACACUCAUCAUUGCGCCAUCAAAAAUCAGGCUCUAAGCGCAAUUCAAAUGGUGCUCAACCUUUCCCUGUACCCCUACCUUUCCAUCAACCAUCAAUCCCGCCCAUUUUUCAUGCCAUGGUUCCUCCACCUCACAUUGCAGUUCCUGGGUAUGCUUAUCCGCCUUGUCCAGGACCUUUCCCAAGCGUUGAAACUCAUUUGGUAAAGUCUGGAUGUGAGACACCCCCUCAAGCUCUUGUUCCACCGGGUCAUGGUAUUGAGGCUAGCAGAAAUGUUCAGCCUCCACCACGAGCGGAUCCUAAUGCUUAUGUUGUCAAUUUUUCUAAUAAUAGAAGACCAAAUAUGCAAGAACCUGGUGGCCAUUUCAAUUAUGCCUGGCAUCAUCAACGAGCAUUUAAUCCCAGAGACAACAUUCCAGUGCAACAGGGUGUUGGACCAAGGGCUUUUAGAGGGCUCCCAUUCUUUGGUCCAGCUCCAGGGUUCAUGGUUGGUCCAGGUUUCCCAGGACCUGUAUGCUAUGUUCCUGUUGUACCUCCAGUCUCUAUUAGGGGACCUCAUCCUCCGCGCUUUAUAUAUCCUAGUAAUCCAGGGGCUGCUGUGGUGCCUCCAGACACACUAGCUUUGAGGGCUAACAUAGUAAAACAAAUCGACUAUUAUUUCAGUGAUGAAAAUCUGCAGAAUGACCAUUACCUAAUCUCCCUGAUGGAUGACCAAGGAUGGGUUCCAAUAUCAAUUGUUGCCGACUUUAAAAGGGUUAAAAAGAUGAGCACGCAUAUACCAUUUAUCCUUGAUGCACUGCUGACUUCUAGUACUGUAGAAGUUCAGGGUGACAAGAUAAGGAAACGUGAUGAUUGGUUGAAGUGGAUUUCAUCUUCUGAAGAGAAUUCAUUAUCAUCCCAAGCUCAGACUCCGCAGGGCCAACCUGUAGAGAGGGCAAUUGAUUCCUUUGCGAAUGGUGAUGCCAAUGAGAAUAAUGUAGGUAACAUCUCCAAAAAAAAUGUUGAAUUUCCAUCUCAUGAUGGAAGUUUGGUGGAGCACUCAUGGUCAAACGGAGAUACUCCAGUAGUACUACAUAUUAGUAACAUAGAAGACGACAACGGUGGUGGAGCACAAGCGUUAGGCUGUGAAAAUCUCAAGUGCCCAGAUCUUGGCACCAGUUCUGGUUCUCUAUGUCCAGAUCACUCGCAAGGAAUUGAGCGUUUGAAAUUUGAUGAUCAACGGACUGAAAGCAGGGGAGUGUCAUCAGAUAUGGCUGAACAGAAUGUUGAUGACCUGUCUAAUGAUUUUGCAAACACAUUUAUGCUGGAUGAAGAGAUAGAGCUUGAAAAGAAAACAAUAAAGAAGGAUGAUCUCUUUUUUCCUAGAAGGAUUGAUGAAGAAGAUGAUGAGAUGGUUGUCAAUGAUCAGGAUGUUCAGAGACUUGUAAUUGUCACCCAGAAUAGCAGGAUAGGUCAAGAGAAUAAAGGCGGUGGUAAAGAAUCCAUAUCCAUUUCCAAUGAGCAUGCUUCUGCAAUAAAUGAUGGCCUUUACUUCUAUGAGCAGGAACUGAAAACUAAGCGAUCUAAUCGUAGAAAAAAUAAUUAUAAUUUUGAGAAUAGAGAUGGAAACUCAAAUUCUUCAAGCAGUGCUUCAGGAGUCUCCAAUUCAAAGAGUGGUGAUAAUUUUGUUGGAAGCACUGUCCUUGAAGAGUCUGGAAAUGCUAAUUCACGAAGGAAGCAGAAUAAAGGCUUUCCCAAGCAGCAGUCAUCCCAUAAACAACGAUUUUUCUCCAGCAGCUUCAGAAGCCUUGGAACUUGCCGUAACUCUAUGGGAAUCAUAUCUGAAAGUCCACCAAGUAAUUCAGUUGGAUUUUUCUUUGGUUCUACACCUCCUGAACAUCAUGGCCCUAGGCCUUCUAAGUUGAGCAGUUCACCACAUGGGAUUCUAUCUGGCAGUAGUCCACCAGUGGGUUCUAUGCCAAAAUCAUUUCCAUCAUUUCAGCAUCCAAGUCAUCAGCUUUUAGAAGAAAAUGGUUUUAAACAGCAGAAGUACCUGAAGUUCCAUAAACGGAGCCUGAGUGAGAGAAAGAAGUUGGGAAUUGGUUGCAGUGAGGAAAUGAAUACACUGUACAGGUUUUGGUCAUUUUUUCUUAGAGACAUGUUUUCCCCUUCUAUGUAUAAUGAGUUUCGGAAACUUGCACUGGAAGAUGCAGUUGCCAAUUAUAACUAUGGAAUAGAGUGCCUUUUCAGGUUCUAUAGCUAUGGUCUGGAGAAGGAGUUCAGAGAGGACCUGUAUAAGGACUUUGAACAGCUCACCCUUGACUUCUACAAUAAAGGCAAUCUUUACGGCCUAGAAAAAUAUUGGGCAUUCCACCAUUACCGCGGGGCAAAAGAGCACUUAAAGAAACAUCCAGAGUUGGAUUGGUUACUCAGGGAAGAAUACUGUAGCUUGGAGGACUUUCGCGCUAAAGAGAAGACGAAUGCCGUGAAAGAAGACCGUCAUUAGUCAGCCCUUGCACAAAUGCUUAUAUAUUAGCUGCAUUAAAAUGUUGACAUCCCUACUCGGGAGGAGAAUUCUCACUUCACAAGGAAGUUGGAGUUGGCGGUCUAUUUUUGGGCUGGACGUAAGAUGGGUUCCGUGUAUUGUAUGUUAGUUGGACUAGGGCUGCUGUCUGCAGAGUUUUCUUUUGUUUUAAGGUUUUUCUGGCUCCCGGGUAUGCCUGCAUUUUUGGGGUUGUCUGCAAGCUUGGAGAGGUGCCUGUGCCUGUGCUUUUUGUACAUAAAACUGCAAAACGAACCCAAAAAAAAAAUAAAAAAAAAAUAGUUUAGACCUUGUGAAAAUUUGAAGAAUAAGAGAUUGAAGAAUUUAGUUUUUAA